GCCUCCCAAUGGUUUUACACCAGCUGUCAGCGCCUCACUUCCUUGAAUUUAGGCCUACUUUCGAUUUCCAUUGGACGUGGAUUACUGUAAACGACGAGGUAAUUUGGGGGAUUUACACUACCAGAUUGCUGCUCACUUUGGGCUUGUUACUCUUCAGACAUGUAUGUUCACAAACUCGUCGUUUGCAUGUGCUGUCUGGUGGGCGCUUUAGUUCUGUCAGAAGGCAGGCAGCCGCGCAGGAGGCACGAGACCUGUGAUUACGAGAAAUACGAGCAUGAGGGGAAAACCUGCUGCCCCUGUCCCAGCGGCUUCCGGGUAUUAAGUGACUGCACAGACAAAGAUGCCACGAAAUGUGAAAUGUGUAAGCUUGGCUCUUUUAUGACCCACCCAAACCGUGAUCACACUUGCCAGCCCUGUAAAACCUGUAAUCCCAAUGCCAACAUGGAGACAAAGAAGAAUUGUUCAUUUUAUUCCGACACUGUCUGUACGUGCAAGAAGUAUCAUUACUGUGACAAGGGUGACCUGUGCAGGGUCUGUUACCCAUGUGACACGUGUGAGGAACAUGGAGAUGUGAAAAUACCAUGCACAGAAACUAACAACACAGUGUGCCGUGAUGCCCAAGGGUCUGAUAGUACAGUGACCAUUGUUGCUGUUUUGCUGUCAUUCGUGUUCAUUGGGGCUUUCGUGGUCUUUUGUCUGUUUAAGAAAAAAAUAUUUAGAUGUAAUGACAAACAGAGGAGAGAUCCAAAGGAGGCAACGGAAUUACUGGACCUAAAAGAUGUAGAUGUGGACCUGAAUUAUUACCUGCCAGAUAUAGUUUCCAUUCUGGGCUUGAACUUGAUGAAAGAUGUUGCGCGGCGCACUGGCAUGACUAAUGUUGAUAUUGAGAACCAUGUACUUAACAGCCCUGGAAAUGUGAAAGAACAGACCUACAAUCUUCUGGAGGAUUGGUACCAGAGACAGGGAUUAAAAGGAGCCUACCCAACUCUCAUUAAAACGCUCCUUCAUAUCAAGGAAAAGGAAAACGCAGAACAGAUCCAACAAAUCGUUGAGAAAGGACAGGCUACAGCUCAGCCAAAGACUGACCAAAACGUGUGAAGUAAAUUUGUUGCAAAAAGUUAAUAAUACAGCCCUUUACCAUGUCAACUUUGCCUUAGCCAAUGGCUUGAGCUUGGGGUCUAAUUGUUUGUCUGACCAAUGCAAACAGGGGAUGUGAGGAACAUGUGAGAAAGAAUUUGAGAAAGCAAUUUUUUGGGUGACAGAAAUUACACACUUUGACUUUCCAGAUUGUUUCUUAGGACAACAGAAAAGGCAGAUUUUUUUUUUCUAUACAUAUCCUCAGGUCAUUUUAAAAUUUGAAGUGUUAUUUAUGAAAUAUUUGAUAAAGAUUUGUCAAUUGACUGUUGACUUCAUGAUAACUUCUAAAGCCACUCAUGAAUGCAAGGUUGAGUCAAGUUAGACUGAUAUUUGAACAGAUAGUCAGGAACAACCAGAGACUCCUCUGUGUACAGCAGAGUAAUUUAAAUCUUAUUUCAGUGUCUAAGAUCUUUUUUUACUCAGUGUAUCUCAUCCCUCACUUUCUUUAAUAACUAUAAAGCUUAUUUUAAGUAUGGAAUAGCAAAGUUUUGGAAUUAAUUAUUUCCUUGUCUAGAAUGGUACAGUCUGUAAUUGCUGAAUAACUUCACUUGAAACCCUAAAAUAUGUAAUUGCAGUGCUGCUCAGAGUAAAAUAAAUUAUUGCUCAGAGGUUGCUUUUCCUUAGCUCAGGAGACUUGGUGGUGAUUCUCAGAUAUCAUUCACUGGAGUAUCAACAGUGUCUCAGAUGUUUCUCCUAAUAUUCCUUAGGAGAAAUGAAAGUAGACAAAUGAGACAUGAGAAAGUUCUGAGAGAAAAGGAGACAAAACUUGAGAAUAUGGUGUGAGAAACAUGGGAGAUCUCUUUAUUGUCUUGUAAUCUCUUUCUAAGCUCAGGAACAUGAAAUUUACUUUUAUGCAUUAGGCGAACGCUUCUAUCCAAAGCGACUUACAGUACACUUUAAAGGGACAAUCCUCCUGGAGCAACCUGGAGUUAAGUGCCUUGCAAAAUGACACGGUGGUGGCUGUGAGAAUCUAACCAGCAACAUUCUGCUUACCAGUUCUGUGCUUUAGCCCACUACACCGCCGCCACCACCACCACCACCACACAAAUCCAGAGUUUAAGUCUAUAUUAAGAGUGAAAUGAUGAGAAAACAGGGUUAGGAUUAGAUAGGGUUGUGCUUAAUUGUUGAUUUACAGUAAGAGAAUAGAGCAAUACAGUUUAUGUGAAUAAGGCAGAUAAUUUGUUUUUGGAAGUCAUAUAUCAAAUGCCUUCAUCCAAAGCAACUUAAAGAAGUCUCAUUACAGGAACAAUCACCCUGGAGCUUUUUUUGCUGAAAGGCACAAGAAUGAUGGCUUAUGACUCAGUUCUUGAAUAAUUUGAUUAUUCAUAAAUAUUAUAUGGUAGUAUUAAGACAUGUCUGAGUUCAUAUUGAGACCUUUGACUUGGUGCACUGUUUGUGAAGUUCUUUGAAGUCUCCUGAAAAGUCAAAUAUGAGAGUACCAGGGUCUUUAGCUAAGGAGAUAACUCUAUGUUGUUGAGGUCUCUUCUGAAACUUUAGAGGAGACAAAUGCGAGAAUCAGGAGACUUAAACAAAAGUCUCCAUUUGAUGUCAUCUAACCUCAUUUCUGUCUAGGAGAAACAUUUUGAGAUAUUAAAGAGAUCUCAUUUGUGAUUUUUCUGUCCUCUGGGUGUAUAUACAAUACAUGUUGUACAAAAUAAAACUCUUAUUUGUAACAAAUAUGAGACAUUCUUUAAAAAUGGCAAUUCCAGAGGCACAAGGACUGACAGAGGCACAUACAUUGACCAGAUUUCCUCAAAUUCCUCAAUUCAAAUUUCAAUAUUCAUACAGAAAAUGUCCAGCAAAAUGUGCAGAAUCAUUUGGCAAGAUCACAAGAAUGUUGUGUUGUGUCAGCUUUCUGCUAAUUUUAUCAUCAUAUACUGUAUUAUUAGAUAGUACUGAAAGAUCUCAAAUUAUUACGACAUUGUCAUGACACUGUCAUGGAAAUUCUAAAUACAGACCCAAGUAAACCUAACUCCCUAAAUUACCUGACUAACCUGCUGGUCUCCUAGUUUCCCAUCCUGCCGGUAACUUUUUCUUCAGUGCAUUACAACUCAAGAGUCCACUGUGAGGUUGGCAACGUCCUGCCCAUAGACAAUACCCACUCAAUCCGAGAAUCUUGUAUUCUGUCACUUUAGCGAUUUCACCAUAAUACCUAUCUCAUAUCUAGACUUAUGCUGCAGCAUAAUAACUGUAUCUAGACCCCGGUUCCUGCUUUGCUCGUUUAUUAUUACCCGACCAGGGGUUCUGUCACAAGCUUUUAUAGAUGAUAUUAGGUGAUCUCUCCUGAUACUUGUUUACUUUAUUCUGAUUGGAUAUAGGUUAGUUAGAAUUAGCUAAUCAUCUUGGGAAGAGAUCAACAUUAUGAAAUAUAGUUAUUGAAAGAGAGUAUGAUGAAAAUUCCAGUCAUCGUUCAUCCAGUACAUAGAGUUCAACAAUGUCAGGUUCGUAUUUUCAGUUCCCCUUAAAAUAUACCAUUAGCACUGACUGUUAUUUUGCUCACCUUCUCAGCUACCUUUCAUAUUUAGCCCAAAAUUUGCUAUCACAACACUACAUUUGCCUGACCUAAAAUGAUAACGAAGCAUAUCAUUAUCAGCAUACAUUGCUUCUAAGGCUGAUUUUUUAUUUUAUUUUAUUUGAUUUCUCAUUAGACAAGUGAAGGCUGAUGUGAGAUGAUAAAGAACAGAGGUGUUGGUCAGAAACAUCAUGAACACUAACCAUGUGCCACAAACUAAAAUUUUCAUGGGAGGUUAAAAUAUACGUUUCAAAAUGUCACUAUAGCUUUCACCAAGAUGAUAUCAUGGUUUUAAAUGUUCAUUUUCCCCUAAUACCUUGCACAGAACAGCUAUUUACCAUAAAACUAGUCACUUCACAGUGAGCCUGCGCUUGAUCUCCCAGAAUGCAACGUUUUUAACAGCAAACUACUGUAUUUAAGAAUCACAGUAGAUUGCUGAAGGAAUCUGGCCAUAAAUUUACAGUAAUUUUUUACAGUGUAGAAUUAUAAUGAAAUUAUUAGUGGAAUCUGCAUGUUAUACAUGUUCAUAAAAACAACACCUUGCAAAGAAUAGAAACUUCAAGAAAAUCCUGAGCCCAUGUGUUGAAUGGCCUUGAUUUUAGAGAUAAGAUUAAAUCAUAUUUUCAUCUGGUCUUGUUUACUAGGCUAAACCUGAAACUCACAUGUAGAGGUUCAUACAAUAAAUGUUGUACAAAAAAUCUAAAAAUGACAAAUCUAAAGGAAUCAUAUCACAUACUAAUUUCAAUGUAAGUAGCCUAUAUUAAAUUGUGGUGUACUGUGCUAAUUUGUGUAUUUUUAUAAUAAGCCCUAUUGCUGUUUUAUUACUAAUAGCCAGCUAGAUGCAGAACAAUUGCAUUUGACAUUUCAAAAAAUUAUUGUAAAUAAGGUACUGAUUCCACCCUAACUCUUAUAUACAGUAAAUGUUGUAUUUUCAUUAGCACUGAGUAUUUUAACAGUAACUCACGGCCAAUAAAAUCAGUCUAUAUGCAUUGACAUGCUCAAUUUUGAAACUGUUUUCAGUGUGCAUAAUAUAACCUAAACAUGUCUUCUCUCACAGACAAUGUCUUAAAACAUGCACAUUCAACAAAUUGUUUAUGUUAAUGUUAAAGAUAAUAAAAAAAAUAAAAAAACAUUAAAACAAA